AUUUCUUGGUCUCUCAUCUCUCCACUCCAACUGCAAGCUCCCUUAGCACUCUUUUUUGUGUGUGUGUCUUUGUUCGUUUUUGCCUCCUGUUUCUCUCUCCUCUCUCUCCCCCAUACCCUUAUUAGCUCCACAGAUCACAACCUCCUCGCUGUUCCUGCCUGCGUGCACUGUGCACCGAACAUCAUACCCCUGAGCAGCACAGGCACGGCCUGCUGGAACCUGCCCAGCACUGAUUUGCCGCCUGCCCUGUUUGUCUUAGUACAUGCCAUAAACAACCCAUCCUAGCCCCUCCCCCCUCAGUUGGACCUGCUCUCAUGCACCAUAGCUGAGUGACUGGUCCUGCCCAUUAGAGAAAAAGGUAAAAAGUAUCGUGACCAAAGACAAGUAAACAACAAAGAACGCACAGCCUGCCUCCUUAGGCAUAACCAAAUAAAACAAAAAAGCAGGAGAAAACAAACAUCUACAAUCAAUAAACGAAGAAAAUAACUACUGAAUGUCCCAAAGACAGCAGACAAUAUCAAAACAUUAAAAAAAAAACAAAACACGGGAUGGUUCCAGUAGGCACCCAAAAUAAACCACCAGAUGACUUUGCAGUGGAAGAAAAGGCACUACAGCUACCUGAUAGGGAAUCCAAAUCUCUAAUAUUAAGAGUUAUCCAAGAGUUGAAGCAAAAAGCAGACAAAAACGAGGGGAAAAUAGACAAAUUCACGGAAAUGGCAGACAAAUUCAUGGAAAAUACAAAAGAAUGGAAGAAUUCAGGAAAAUAAUACAGGAACAAAAUGCUAAAAUAAAUUCACAGCUAGAAAUCAUACAGAAACAACAAUUAAAAAUCCAAAAGAUAAACAAGAUCUCAGAAAUGGACAGUGUCAUAGGAGGGCUGAAGAGCAGAUUUGAAGUGAUGGAAGACAGGAUCAGUGAAACUGAAGACAAACACUUGGAUAUAAAUCUGAGGAAAAAUCAGAAAAAAGAACAAAGAAAAAUGAAGAAACCCUGAGAAUUAUGUGGGAUACAAUCAAAAGCAGAAACUUCCGAGUGAUCAGAGUUCCAGAACAAGGGGAGAAAAUGGAAAACACAGAGAGGAUCAUUGAAGAAUUGGUGACAGAAAACUUCCCUAAUAUCAGGAAAGAUGAAAAGCUGACCAUCCAAGAAAUUCAACGAACUGUGCAUAUAGGAUAGAACCCAAAAGAAAAUCACCAAGGCAUAUCAUAAUCACACUCGCUAAAACCAAAGACAAAAAAUUCUGAGAGCAGCUCAAGAAAAACAAAAAGUCACAUACAGAGGAGAAACAAUAAGAAUAAGCUCUGAUUAUUCAGCAGAAACCGUGCAGGCAAGAAGGCAACGGGAUGACAUAUAUAAAACCUUGAAAGAAAGAAAUUGCCAACCAAGAAUCCUGCAAAACUCUCAUUCAAAUAUGUUGGUGAAAUUGGGACAUUUCCAGAUAAACAGGAAUUAAGGGAAUAUGUAAAAACCAAACCAGGCUUAUAAGAAUUGUUAAAGGUAGUCCUUCAGUCUGAGAACAAACAUCAUCAGACCAGAGCCUGAAUCUAGGACACAGGAUUGUACCGGCCAGAUACCAACCUAGGAAGUGAAUUCUCACGGACUAUCCAAAACCGAAAGAAUUAUAGUAGGGAACCAGAGAGGUAAAUCUGUAAAUGAUGACAGCGUCAGAACAAUAAAAGAGGGAAUAAAUGGUGUAGGUAUGGAACUUUCUAAUGGAGAGGAAGGCACGGCAAUACCAAGUAAUAAUAGACUGGCUCAAACCUAGGAAGAUAGGGGUAAAUUUCAAGGUAGCCACAAAGAAAGAAAGUUAACAAACCUACUCAUCAAAAUAAAGAAGAAAAAAAAAGUCUCAAUAAAAACAAAAUUUACAAAAACAAAGGAAAAAGAAAUCCACAAACAAAAGGAAUUCAACACAGGAGAGUAAAAGGAAAAAAGAAAGUGUCAGCACCACAAAAAAAAAAAAAAGCACUACAAAAUAACAGCAAUAAACUCACACUUAUCAAUAAUUACACUGAAUGUAAAUGGCCUAAAUGCACCCAUGAAAAGACAGAGAGUGACAGAAUGGAUAAAAAAACAGGAUCAAUCAAUACGCUGUCCACAAGAGACACACCUUAGAAACAAAGAUGUAAAUUUGUUUAAAAAAAUCAAAGGUUCAAAAAUAUCGAGCAAAUAACUACCAAAAAAGAGCAGGAGUGGCAAUACUAAUCUCAAAUAAAAUAGGCUUUAAAACAAAAUUUACCGUAAAAGACAAAGAAGGGCACUACAUAAUGAUUAAGGGGUUGGUCCAUCAUGAAGUCUUAACCAUGAUAAAGAACUGAGACAGACCAUCAAUGCAGAAUGUGGUCUGUGGCUUGGAGCCAAACUUUCACUGCCCUUAUCCAUGCUUCAAAGCCCUGGUGGUGCAGUGGUUUCAUGCUCAGCUGCUAAAUGGAAGGUCAGCAGUUCGAACCCACCAGCUGCUCCAUGAGAGCAAGCUGUAGCAGUCCACUUCCAUAAAGAUUACAGCCUUGGAAACCCUGUGGGACAGUUCUACUCCGUCCUGUAGGGUCGCUAUGGUUGGAAUUAACUCGAUGGCAGUGAAUUUGGGUUUUUUUGGAUCCUUGCUCCACCUCUGGGGUAGGUGGUAGGGGUAUGUUUUUAAAGGCAUGCCAGCGGUCACGGUUUUAGCAGAUUUAGUCAUGUAAUGGAGAUGGGAACAAAGCUGUUACUUAAAUGUGAAUUUCCUGGGUUCACAAGUGAGCACACACCCCUGUUUUGGGAUUGGAACUCUUGCUGUAUUUGGGGCCUGUGCUGCAGGUGGAAGGAGCCCUGGUAGCACAGUGGUUAAGUGCUCAGCUGCUAACUGAAAGGUGGGAGGUUCUGACUCACCAGCUCCUAUGCAGGAGAAAGAUGUGACAGUCUGCUUCUGUAAUGAUCACAGCCUUGGAAACCCUGUGGGUCAGUUGUUUUCUGUCCUGUGGUGUCACUAUGAGUUGGAAUCCACUCAAUGGCCAUGAGUUUGGUUUGAUUUUUGGUGCAUGUGGGUGUUUUCAAUAAUGCCUUUAGGCAGUAUUCAGAUAUUUCAUGACUCCAGUUAUCCAAAAAGAUCGCUCCCUUAUUCUUUUCUGAAAACUAUUUUCUUGGUUUGGCAGCUAAGCGAAUUCAGGGUCCAUAUGGUUGUAAAGCAACAUGCAUUUUAGAAAGUUGGGGACCUCUGAGGAGUUAUUGGGGCUACCGUUACACAGAUUUCCUGGGUAGUAGACAUGGGAUGUUUUUAAACUUUAACAAUUGCCUUUGAGUCACUUCCAACUCAUGGUGACUCCAUGUGCGUCAGAGUAGAACUGUGCUUCAUAGGGUUUUCAAUGGCUGACUUUUCAGAAGAAACUCACCAGGCCUUUCUUCUGAGAUGCCUCUGGGUGGUCUUAAACCUCCAAACCAGGGCUUCAAACCAUUCUUCCCAGUUCAAUUAUGGCCAAGGAAGGCGAAACCAGAAGAAACCCAAAUUUUUUAAAUUUAUGUGAACCAGAACCAUAAUUGGAACAGGAAAAAUUACAGGUUGAAUACCUGGUAGAAACCUAAAUCUCCCUCUUAGAAAACAAGGACAGCAUACGUGUUACAUAGCAACCAGAUCUCUUGCCCGUUGGAUUUUAAGCAGAGUCGGAAACAGCGGUGCUCUGCUCAGAGAUGGAGGCCAAAUCUCCACAGUCCUGCCAAUAAUCCAAUCUCACGCGUCAGGCUUCUGAAAGGGCUCACUAUGCCUCUUCCAAGACUCCUAUUCCAGUGCUUCAACCUGUAAUUAUUCCUGUUCUAGUUAUUAUAAAAUUUUGGGUCUAUUCCAAUUUCACUUUGUCAUCUAUGACAACUGAUUCAGGGCCGUGCUUCAAACUUUCAGUUAGCAGCAAAGUGCAUUAACUUUUUGAACCACUCAGGGACUUCUGAGACAUGGGCAUAGCCCUUUAAAUAGUUAUCUCACUUGAUCUUCACAUGAACUCUGAGGUAGAUAUUGUAUUUCCAUUUUCGAGAUGAGGAAAAUGAGGCUCAGAGAAGUUCAAGUUCUUUGCCCAGAGUUUCCAAGCUGGCGGCUGCUGCUAGAGCUGGGUUUUGAACCCACACCUGUUUUUCUGGUAUGCCAAGCUGCCUCCCAGGGCAUUACGUUAAGCAGUGAAGUCUAUACUUCAGGUUGUUGUUGUUGUUAGUUGCCAUUGAGUCAUCUCUCACUCAUGGUAGCCUUAUGUAUAACAGAACAAAAGGUUGCCUAGUCUGUGCCAUCUUUGUGAUUGUGUUAUUACUAUCGGCCUGGCCUGGGGAAUAAGUUUCCAUUAUGGUUGCCCCUGGUACUGGGCUUCUCUAGCUUCAGGUGCAGAAGAAUCACCUGGAGAGCUUAUUAAGAGUAGAUUCCUGGCUGCACCCCAGAGAUUCUGAUUUCUGGGGUUUGGGGUGAAUGGGGUAAUCUGCAUUUCUUUCAAGCUGUUGGGUGGUACUGAUGCUGGUUCCCUGGCCUCCUCCUUGACUAACACUGCCCAAGCCUAUGGAGGCAAUGCUGGUAGGGUUAGCAGUCAAAAGAAAAAACCCAAAACCAAACCAGAAUCAACUGCAGUUGAGUCAAUUCCAACUCAUAGCGACCCUAUAGAAAGAGUAGAAUUGCCCCACAGGGUUUCCAAGGCUGUAAAUCUUUAGAAGAGCUGACUGCGAUAUCUUUCUCCCACAGAGCAGCUGGCGGGCUCAAACCGCUGACCUUUUGGUUAACAGUCAAACACUUUAACCACUGCGCCACCAGGGCUCCUUGUUGAAAGCAAAGUCUAUGUUAUACAGAAUUUGGAUUUAAAUUCUGACUCUACCAGUUAAUAGGUGGCUUGGACAAGCUACUUAACCUGUCUACACUUGCUUAGUCAUCUUGAAAGUAAGGAUUUAAAUAGCAGCUACUUCAUAGAGUUGUGAGGAUUAAAUGAAAUAAGCCAUGUGAAGUACUUAAAGCUGAUAGUUCCUCAUCAAGGUUUGCUUUUCUUAGUAACACAGGGAACCACGAUGUCUUGGGGGAAGGAAUGCGCUCUGACCUUAGAGUCUGAAGGCUUGAGACCCUGUUCGAGACCACUUCUCCAAGCCCGAGUCCCCUCUGAGGGAGGAGGAGGAGGUCAGAGCCCCAAUAUAUCUCAGAGCGGAAGGGCUCAUCCAGUACCUGGAUGGCAUCUUGCCAUGAGGGGGAACAGUAAGUUGCUGGGUUCCCAAGGCUUGCCCUAGAAGCCCCCUGAGCUUCCUGGCUGGGGUUUCCUCAGUAUACACACGGGGCAUCCAGGGCCCACGGUAGACAUGGUUUAGCCAGGGAGUGGGCAGCCAGUGCCCUGGGUCAGCUGACUUGCCGGAGUCCUAGCCUUUCCCCACUUGGGCUACCACAUUGUCACUAUGUCUGCUGUAGUUGAAGGGCCUCAGGCUCUACUUCCUGUUUUACUGCAGCUUUUUAUUUAAUUUCUAUCUAGUAAGGCUAGAAUUCCGGAAAAAGUUCUGGUGGUGCAGUGGUUAACGACUAACCAAAAAGUUGGCGGUUAGAACCAACCAGUGGCUCCACAGGAGAGAGACCUGGUGAUCUGCUUCUGUAAAGUUAUGGCCAAGGAAAACCUACGGAGCAGUUCUGCUCUGUCAUAUAGGGUCACUAGGAGUCAGGAGGAAACCCUGGUAACAGCAGUAAAGAGCUACGGCUGCUAACCAAAAGGUUGGCAGUUCGAAUCCACGAGGUGCUCCUCGGAAACCCUAUGGUGCAGUUCUACUCUGACCUAUAGGGUCGCUAUGAGUCAGAAUCAACUUGAUGGCACGCAAUAACAAUAGGGCUACAAGGCAACCACGUUGUUUGGAAAGUGAGAAGCACCUGCAGUUAUCCUCGGGCCCUCUCUGCGGUAGCCUCGGCCACUUCACACAUUUUAUUUCUGCACAUCCAGGGCUCCAGUGCAAGGCAGACAUUAUAGAGCACACUCGUUCCCUCUGAACCCAGCCAUGUCCCCGUGUUCUGUGACAUAAGCAUAGUAAUUUAGAGACUUGCUAGUCCUCGAAUCACCAGCAUCACCAGGCCCCAACCCUGACCUAGAGAAUCAGAAUCUGCAUUUUAACCAGAUGCCCACGUGAUUCAUGGGUACGCUCAAGUUUGAGAAGCACUGCUCCAGGGCACUCUUCUCUGACGUUUUGAAUUGGGUCUACUAAAAGCAAUGGAUGUCCUAUGCCAUUCUGUGUACAAGUAGGGAUAGUGACCAGGAGUUUGUGAGACUUGGGACUCCAAAACAAAGCAAAAUCUUAAGUAGAGAGCAAAGAGAAGAAUGUCCCAGAAAAUUAGCAGUGCUUUUCCAUUGCUUAGGCAUAUGCUUUUACUUUUUUGUUACUAUUAUUAAUGAUUGCUGCAACAGUCAUAGAUGCUGUGCAAACAAGUGAUACUACUAUCUAUAGCAGAAUGUAUUUAAGAGGAGGGAACUUACUGCCUCAUCAAGGAAUAGAGAAAAAGCCAAUAUUUUUAUCUCAUUUUACAGCAGGAAAAUUGGUCUGUAAAUUAUCCAAUAAAACCCUAGUUUCCUACACCCCCAAAUGAGCAGAACUCUAAUUUUCUUUUUCCCCAUGAAGCGAAAAUAUCUCUUUGAGUGACCAGAUAUGGCUCAUGUUUGUUAUUACACACAGAAACUCCUCUGGAAGGAGUGCUGUUUGGCCCACUCCUUCUGGAGAAGAGACAGUUGUAUUGAGGAAGAAUAGAGAGGAACAGGAACAAGAGCCACAUGUGGGUGCCACGUAGAAUCAAGGUGCUUGGGAAUAAAGGGAUCUUUGAAAGAAUUGAGUCAAAUCCUUCAUUUCAGAGAGAAGGACACUGAGGCCCAAAAGGUUAGUAACUUCCUUGAGGCCCUGUGACUCCUUCCUGGGUUAGGUCCAGCCAUUCUCCAUGACUCUGUGAGUUUUCUUUUCCACCUUUCCCAUCUCAGCAGAGCGCCUCCUUCCUCUGCAGCCAAAACACUGCGAACCCAUUCUGGUAGUGCUGACAACAGCAGCCGCGUAUUUCAUUUCUUUGUUUUAUUUAUUUAUACCCAGAGCUUGUUGCAAAAGGAUUUAAGGCUGCUUGUAGUGUUGUAAACAACAGAGCAAGAUAAGAUAAGUUUAAAAAUAAGCCAGAGAGAUGAGACAAAGGAAUAAGUAGCUACACAGCAACUUUGCCCUGCUAGAGCUCCCGAGCUCCUGGCCCUUAAAUCAGAGUGAUGGGCGUUGAAUCCUGUACUUGUACCCGCCCUACACAACACUUGAGCAUAUUUUCCUUCUUGGCUGGUUUUGGAGGCUCUCCCCCAUUGCGAUACAGAUACUCUUUAAAGUCACUGGGAGAGACUUAGAAGUUCUCUUCAAGGGGUUGUACUUGCAGGGCACAACUGCUUUGAUGAUGGUGGCAGGAGUAGAGUUGUUGUUGUGUUGUUACUCUUUUAAGGACAAGCGAGAGAGGAGAGCUAGAUCUCACCUAGAAGAACCUUCAAACAUUAGAGCUGGCCACAAUCAAUGAGCUGCCCUCCUGGCCCCAGAAGAGGCUUUGUGGCCCCUUCAAUACACACCUGCAGGCUGGAAAGAGGAGGCUCAGAUUGCAGCCAGGGUUCAGGCAGUUGUCCUGGGUCUUACCCCACCCCCUGCUUGUCUUUUAUCCCUUUUACACCCUGUUGGCCUCUACUAGGUUCUGAACUGUUGUUCUGUGAGCCCAGCUCAUCGCUGCCUUGACUUCAUUCAGGGAACCCAUGCGUAUCCUACCUGCUCUCAGGACCUCACCUUUCUCCCACAGAGACAGUCCUUGGUCUGACUACCCCCAUUGCCUCAGCUGUGCUCUCUCUGUCCCCUUAGAAUCCAACCUUUCCCCUCCCCCACCCCAAAUUUGGAUGGUCUCUUUGGUCCCUCCCAAGAUUGUCCUGCUACAAAACGAAUCAAAGCUAACCCCAUCCUGGGCCCCAGUAUUCAUAAGUGGCUUUCAUCACCCUAGAGGUGUUUGGAAAUGUGCAUUUGGGAACUGUCACAGUAACUAGCAUUUAUUGUCUCAGACGUGCUAAAUACAUUGUAUGAGACAGACGCCCCCCCCCCCAGUAAAGAAUGAUCCCACCAAAAAUGCCAGUUACAUCCCUGAUGAUAAAUACUGGCAAGAAUUCAGAAAAAUCUGAAUAUUUACAAUUGUACAGUAGCAUUAGAACAGCCACACUGCAGAUUUCUUGGUUUAUACCCAAGAGUUUAGUGGGAGGAAAUCACUAAAUUAUUUUUAUCUACACUGUGUGGUCAGAAAGAAUUACAUUCGGAAGGGCCAGGCCAUGCUGGGAAUUGUUUAUUUCGUUAGGCCAGAAGUCCCACAGUCGGAUCAAGUUGUAGCUCUAGCAGGUCACUUGUUAGUCUGCGUCUGGGACCCGGCAACUUCCCAACUUAGAUGGAUCCCCUGGAGUUGCAGAGACCUCCGUGAACUGCCAGUGCAGCCCGUCACGUGGUGCUGUGGGAUCGCCCCAAGCCCUGGAGGGGAUGCCAGCGCCUGGCAGAGCAUCAGUGAUCAGGAACUGGCUGCAUUUGGGAAAGCUCUUCAGAGGUCUCUGAUAACAGGCAAAGGAGCGGAACACUCAGAGUUGAAUGGUCUGUUGCCUCUUAGAAAACCAACUAUGGGUAACAAGAAUGGUAGCACAACUUGAAGAAUGUAAUCAAUGUUACUGAAUUGUAUAUGUAGAAAUUGUUGAAAUGGAAUAUCUUUGGCUGUGUAUACUUUCACACACACACACACAAAACUAUGAAGCUCUUAGGCUUAAAAAAUAAUUUUUAAGCCAACUGGCUAAGAGGGGUAAUUAAGCACUUGACUUCUAGCCAGAAGGUUGGUAAUUCAGACCCACUCAGAGGCACCUCUGAAGACAGGCCUGGUGAUCUGCUUCCAAAAGGUCACAGCCUUGAAAAUCCUAUGGAGCAGUUCUACUCUGCACACGUGAGUCACCUUGAAUUGGAAUUAAAUCAACGGCAACUAAUGAUAACAAGUCCUCAGACUAGAGUCUCUGGGAGGUGUGAAAGAUUAAGUACUCAGCUACUAACCAAAAGUGUGGUAGAUCAAACCCACUGUCAUGGAUUGAAUUGUGUCCACCAAAAUAUGUGUAUCAAUUUGGCUAGGCCAUGAUUCCUAGUAUCGUGUGACUGUCCACCAUCUUAUCAUCUGAUGUGAUUUUCCUUUGUGUUGUAAAUCCUACCUCUGUGAUCCACUCGACAGCACUGGGGGUUGGGUAUGAUGUUAAUGAGGUGGCAUAGGCAGCAGUUAUAUUAAUGAGGCAGGACUCAAUCUACAAGAUUAGCUUGUGUCUUGAGCCAAUCUCUUUUGAAAUAUAAAAGAGAAGUAGGCAGAGAGACGGAGGGACCUCCUACCAUUAAGAAGGCACCACCAGGAGCAGAGCACGUCCUUUGGACCCGGGGUUCCUACGCAGAGAAACUCCCAGUCCAGGGGAAGACUGAUGAGAAGAACCUUCCUCCAGAGCCGACACAGAAAGCUUUCCCAUGGGGCUGAUGCCCUGAAUUUAGACUUCUAGCCUACUAGACUGUGAGAGAAUAAACUUCUGUUUGUUACAGCCAUCCACUUGUGGUAUUUCUGUUACAGCAGCACUAGAUGAUUAAGACACCCACCCAGAGAUGCCUUGAAAGAAAGGCCUGGUGAUCUCCUUCUGAAAGGUCACAGCCAUGAAAACCCUAUGAAGUGCAGUUCUACUCUGAAACUCAUGGAGUUGCCAUGAGUCGGAAUCAACUCAACAGUAGCUGCUUGGUUAGUCCUCAGAACACUAAAGACUGAUCCCUGUGUUUUCUCUUGCUUUACUGUGAAUUGGCAAAAUAUUUUCUGGUUUAUUCAUUCUGCUGUCUAUCACAGUUUUUGUGUGUGUAUAUUUUAGGUGAAGGCUGACGGCGCAAAUUAGUUUCUCAUUCAAAAAAUUUAUACAGAAAUUGUUUUGUGGCAUUGGUUACAAACCCUGCAAUGAGUCAGCACUCAUCCCCUUUCCCUUUAUACCCCGGGCUCCCCUUGUCCUUUUGUCCAGGUUUCCUGUCCUUUCCUGCCUUCUGGUCUUUGCUUUUGGGCAGGUAUUGCCCAUUAGGUAUUCUGUUCUUGACUGAACUAAGAAGCAGGUUUUUUACAUGUGCCAUUGUUUUAUUGGAUUGUCUAAUCUUUGGCUGGAAGGUGGACUUUGGAGAUGGCUUCAGUUCUGAGAUAGCAGAGUGUCCAGGGGCCAUAGUUUCGGGGGGGUCCCCCAGUCUCUGUUAGACCAGUAAGUCUGAUCUUUUUUUUGUGAAUUUGAAUUUUAUUCUACAUUUUUCUCCUCACUCUGGAACCCUCUAUUGUGAUCCCUGUCAGAGCAUUCCGUGGUGGUAGCCAGCCACCGUCUAUAUCUUCUGGGCUCAGGCUGGUGGAGGCUGUGGUUCAUGUGGUCCAUUAGUGCUUCAGAUUGAUAAUUUCCUUGCAUCGUUGAUUUUCUUCAUUCUCCUUUGCUCUGAACAUGAUGGGACCAAUAGGUGUAUUUUAGAUGGCUGCUCUGUCCACCACAUUUUGAGGGCCUGUAUGUGCCAGGACUAAGACAAGCUCCUGGACUUUCGCUCCUUAUGUCUAGCGGAGAAGGGAGGAAGGCCCAUGGUCACUACAGUAUCAUCUGUGAAGUGCUGACAUGGAGGUGUGUCUGAUGUCCUGAGAGCACAGAGAAGGGGACUCAAAUGAGACCUGGCAGAGGUGCGGGUGGCGGGGGUCUCCCAGAUCUCCCAGAUGCAGCAAUGUUGGAACUGAGUCUUGAAAGAAAGAAGGACUUAACCAAGGUGAAGAACAAAAGGAUGAAGGAGCAUUCCAGGGAGAGAGCACUGUGCUCUAAGUCACAGAGGCAUGAGAAAAAAGGCUCUCAGGAGAUGCUGAUGAAGAGUGAGCUAAUUAUAUCAGGUGGACACUUGAGACUGUGUUGGCAUCUCCUGUCUGGAGGGGGGAUAGGAGGAUAGAGAGAGUUGGAAGCUGGCAAAAUUGUCACGAAAGGAGAGACUGGAAGGGCUGACUCAUUGGGGGGAGAGCAAGUGGGAGUAUGGAGUAAGGUGUAUAUAAACUUAUAUGUGACAGUCUGACUUGAUUUGUAAACGUUCACUUGAAGCUCAAUAAAAGUUAAAAAAAAAAAAAAAAAGGCUCUCAGUCCAGUGCGGCAGUUGGGAAGGGUGCAUGAGGGGAGGGUAUCAGAAUGAGCCACAGUGCCUGGUGUCCUGGAGACAGGAAAGCUGUGACAGACUUCUAGGGACUGAUUCUUCUGCAGCUCAAAGACAGGAGAGGCCAUUAGACGUCCCUCAGUGCUGCAUGUCAAUCAAAAUAAUUAAAAGAACCGGAAAGCUGGCUCACGUAUUCCAACAUCCAUCUAGUUUUCUCCCCAAAAAAAACUUUUGAUAAAGAUGAAGUGCCAAAGAGAUGUGUGUGUUAAAUAGCAUGUCAUAAAGUGAAUAGAGUAAAAGUAGUAAAGAAAUAUUCAAUGCCUGCAAAAGUGAGUUAUUGCUAAUUCUGUGUAGCACAGUGUUUGAAAGUCUGCUUGGACUUAGAAUCAGAAAGACCUGAGUUCAAGACCUAGCUUUACUAACUUAAAUUUUAACCUCUAUGAACCUUGGCUACCUCAUCUGAAAAUGAGAAUGAUACUAGUCUCAUCACAUUGUUGAGAUUGAACAGUAUAAUCCCAGUGGUUCUUAACUAUCAGUUUAUUUGUUGUCUUUUAAAGCACUAACUUAAUCCAAGGUAAACAAUAGAUUGUGUUCUGUGAGGAUCAGUUAUCAUUAGUGGUAUAAAGAACAGUCACAAAUUACAGUUAAUAAAUUAGAUUCUAGAAAUGACAAAAUUCUUAUUUAUUUUAUUCAUUCAGCAAAUGUAUAUUAGGCAGGAGUACGGCGCAUUGGUGGUUCGGUGAUAGAAUUCCUGCCUUCCAUGCAGAGACUCAGGUUCAAUUCCCCACCAAUGCACUUCACGCCAGCCACCACCCAUCUCUCAGUGAAGGCUUGCGUGUUGCUAUGAUGCAGAACAGGUUUCAGCAGAUGGCAGCUAACAACAGCAACAACGGACAGACACUGCAUGGGGCCUGGGGACUAGAGAAGUGAACAAGACAGACUCAGUCUCUGCUUUCAUGAGGCUCAUUAUCUAGUGAAGAGGAAAAUUAUUAAUGGAUCUCUUCCUGAAAUCUACCUACUUCAUAUUUCAUGUUUGUUGUGCACUGACCUAACCUGUUUUGGCUACAGAACUCUUAGGUUCUUUUUGGUAGAAAACAAUUGCCACCAAAGAAGUUUAAGGUGGUGAGGGCUAGCUUCUCAUUCACAACCUUGCUUUAUUAAUGAAUGGGAUAAAACAGCUCAUUGUACCUAUUCAGUAAGCUUAAUGAAGUCCCAGCCCUUUCUCUGUCCUUUGAGGUGUUCCAACCAUACCUUGCAUAAAAGGUUCACUUGGGGCAGCUGCAAGAAUAUAUCAGGACAGAACAUUGUUUCCUCCAAUCAGCAUCGUGAUUUCAUCCCCGUUGCUGUCAAGUUGAUUCUGACUCAUGCUAAUCUCGUAUGCAGAGUAGAACUGCUCCGUAGGAUUUCAAGGCUGUGAUCUUUCAGAAGCAAAUCGCCAGGCCUUUCUCCCAGGACACCUCUGGGUAGGUUCAAACCGCCAACCUUUUUGUUAGUAGUUGAGUGUUUGCACCAUGCAGGGACUCCGUGCCAUCAUUUUUAAAAAAAACUUUUUUUUGCCAUCAAGUCAAUUCCAACUCAUAGCAACACUAUAGGACAGAAUGGAACUCCCCAUAGGGUUUCCAUAGCUAUAAUCUUUACAAAAGCAGACCGCCACAUCUUUCUCCUGCAGAGUGGCUAGUGGGUUCUAACCGCUAACCUUUCUAUUAGCAGCCAAGCACUUAACCACUGCACUACAGGGCUUCCAUGCCAUGAUCCAUAAAAAAACUAAACCCAUUACCAUUGAGUUAAUUCCGACUCAUAACGACCCUAUAGAGCAGACUAGAACUGCCCCAUAGAGUUUCCAAGGAGCACCUGGUAGAUUCGAACUGCUGACCUUUUGGUUAGCAGCCACAGCACUUAACCACCAUGCCACCAGGGUUUCCUGUGCCAUCAUAAUUCUUCCUAAUUCAAUGUUUGGACACCAUGCAGCCUCAAGUGCUGUCCCUAAGGUAAAGGGACAGGCCUCACUGGAUUCUAAUAGCCUGUUUAUGCAAAGGGGUAGAGUGUCUCUAUAGGUUUUGGCCAAGUCAUAUAUCCUAAACACCUUUAAUUUCUCCAAUAAGAGUUUGUUUCCUAACAUUCAUUAUGCUAAGUCACAAGUUUCACCAAUAAAAGCCCAUUUUUUAAAAUAGGCUUUUUUUUUAGAGCAAUUUUAGAUUUACAGAAAAAUUGUGCAGAAUGUACAGAGUUCCCAUAUAUUUCCCUCUCCCCUGGGUUGUUUUUUAUUAACAUCUUACAUUCCCGUGGUACAUUUGUUAGGAUUAAUGAAUCAAUACAGAUACAUUAUUAUUAACUGAAGUCCAUAGUUUACAUUAGGGUCCACUUUUUAUGUUGUACAGUCCUGUGGGUUUUGACAAAUGCUAAAUGUCCUGUGUCUGCCAUUACAAUAUCAGGCAGAAUUGUUUCACUGCCCUAAAAAUGGCCUAUAUAGAAGCCCAUUUUUUAUAUUCAGAAUGUUAAUUAGCAAAGUGUCAGUCAUUGGUCAAAAUUCAGAUAGCAGUAUUAUUUGAAGUAGCCACUUUGGGAGUGUGACCCUCUCUGAUUAAUGAUUACCAGUUGCCCACCCCAGGGUCACUAUAAGUCAGAAUCAACUCAAUGGCAAUGGGUUUUUGGGCCCACCCCAGACUUUGACUUCUUGAUAACAUAUGAGCUGAUCACUCCUAGAGGUAAAGCCCAGACUAAUUGAUUCAUAUACAAUUAAACACUGAUUGUAUUCAAGUACUUUUAAGGAAAUUAUAAACAUCAUAACCAUGUUUGAGUUCCCUUUCGUACUCAAAGGUGUGAUUCCAUUUGUGUGUGUGUGUGUGUGUGUGUGUGUGUGUGUAGGAGGCCAGAUUCUUUAUGUCUAAAGUGACCAUAAGUACUCAUUUGCCUGAGAAAGCCACAAUUUAUGCUUGUUGCCCUGGGCCCCAUCCAUUUAGCACCUCCCUCCUUCACUUUCAAAGUUGUCUAGUCAGGACAGUAAAUUAUAUAGUUACCCUAUUUAUAGGAAGCCCUGGGGGCGCAAUGGUUAAGUGUGCAGCUGCCAACUGAAAAGACAGCCAUUAGAACCCAUCAGCUGCUUCAUGGAAGAAAAGACCUGGCAAUCAACUCCCAUAAAGAAUACAGCCUCGGAAACUCUGUGGAGCAGUUCUGCUCUGUCCUGCAGAGUCACUAUUAGUCGAAAUCAACUUGGCAACACACAACAACAGCAAACCCUAUUUGUAGAAGAGCCCUGGGUGACACAGAAGGUUAAGCACUCAGCUAAUAACUGAAAGGUUGGCAGUUCGAAUCCACCCAGAAGCAUCUUGUAAGAAGAGCUUGGCAAUCUCCCUAACAGGGAACACAACAGAGAACCCCUGAGGGAGCAGGAGAGCAGUGGGAUACAGACCCCAAAUUCUCAUAAAAAGAGCAGACUUAAUGGUCUGACUGAGACUAGAAGCACCUCGGUGGUCAUGGUCCCCAGACCUUCUGUUAGCCCAAGACAGGAACCAUACCCAAAGCCAACUCCUCGGACAGGGAGUGGACUGGACAGUGGGAUAGAAAAUGAUACUGGUGAAGAAUGAGCUUCUUGGAUCAAGUAGACACAUAAGACUACGUUGGCAUCUCCUGUCUGUAGGGGAGAUGAGAGGGCAGGGGGGGUCAGAAGCUGGCCAAAUGGACACUAAAAGAGAGAGUGGAGGGAAGGAGUGUGCUGUCUCAUUAGCGGGAGAGCAAUUAGGAGUAUAUAGCAAAGUGUAUAUAAAUUUUUGUAUGAAAGACUGACUUGUAAACUUUCACUUAAAGCACAAUUACAAAAAAAAAAAAAAUGCUUGGCAAUCUACUUUCAAAAAAUCAGCCACUGAAAACCCUAUGGAACACAGUUCUACUCUGACACACAUGGGCUUUGAAUUGACUCUGGCUGGGAGAAAACUAACCAGAAUACAGAAAUGUCAGCUGUUUUACUUGUCUUCUUAUAGAAUAGAGAAGACUGUAGCCUGCUUCUACCAAGGAAGUAGCUCCAAAGCCAUCUGCUUAGAGAUUUACAUUCUCCUUAUUGCCAUCAGAGAAGAGAGCACAAUCAUUAAAAGUAAAACCAUAAGCAGUCCUUUGCCUUAAAAUGUGUUAAUGAAAACAUGUUCUAAUAAAGAGUCAACUUGCUGUUUCUCAAAAAAAAAAAAUGUUUCUUAUAUGGGUAGAAUUCUAAUCAUAACUAUACUAAGAGGCAAGUGUGAAAGUCCAGCACAAGUAUACUGUUUUGUUGAUGCAUAAAUGUUGGCAAAUGUUCCCAUAUAAACAGUAACAGAUAUAAGGAUGGAGUGGAUGCACACAGGAGUGGUUCUCAAAAACAGAUACUGUUUUGCAUACUAAUAUAGAAUUUUAUUUUUUUCUAAAGUGAAAAUUGGCUUGUUUUAUUAUAAAGAUAUGCAUUACAAAAAUUUCAGAAAAUACAAAAAAGCAAAGUAAGAAAAUAAAUAUGUUGGUAGAAAGCUUUCCAAUAUCUUUCAUAUGUGUAUGUCUAGUGCUUUAUAUAUGUAUAUAUUUGCAAUUAUUUUUAAAAAUAAAACUUCAGUCUUACUGUAGACGCUGCUUUGAAAUUUGCUUUUUUUAUUGUGGACACAUUUCAGUAAAUAUAGAUCUACAUCAUCAUGUUUAUAGCUUCCCAGCAUUCCACUGAAUGGAUGUACCAAUAAUUUACUUACCCAGUGCCCUAGUGCUUGUUCUUUAGGUUGUUUAAGAUCACAGUAUCUACCAUUUUUGCUGUAAUUAUUCAAAAGCAGCAUAAGAGAUCUAUCCCCUCAAAAAAAAAAAAAAGACAUUUUUCAAAAUGCUACCAGGAAAAUUUCAUAAAUUUAUUACUUUGUCUCUUUUGCAUUUAGAAGGAAGGAUUCAUGACAGUUGAUGUGUAGACUAGGAAGAACUAUAAUUAAUAGGCCAAAGAGCAGCUUAGGGUAGAGAGCCAAUGGAUUGCAUCAUUGCACACUACCUGAAGCAAGAUAAAUAGCUUUAGAAAUAACCUACUCAGGGGAAGAGCCAAGAUGGCAGAUUAAUCAGAAGGACCAUACUAUACCUCUACAGCAAAGACCUGAGAAACCAAGUAAAAUAGAUGCAGAUAACAAUCCUGGAACCCUGAUCAUCAAAAAAGAAGGAUAAAUAAUUGAAUCAAACACCAACUGAAAUUAAAAAUUAAACGAACAUGGUGAAAGAGGAGUGAAACAAAGCAGAGGAGCUUCGCCAGCCAUCACAGCUCAAUGUAACCAUUUUGAGACAAAGCCAGUGGCAGCCCCAGGUGAGGAGCACAGGAAGGUAAUUUCACAGCAUGCCCAUAAGAGACAGAGAAACUGUAUAAGCACACCCAGAGAGAAGCAAGCUGAGUGGUUCAUGAUCCAAACCUAAGGAGGGAAAACACAGAAAGGAGGGCAAGAAUUCCAGGGAUCCUGCCAUCCACAGAGCAAGGAGGCAGCCAGAAUUCAGAGCAAGAUUGAUGGCAGAUGGCAGCCAGUACCCAUCCAGACCUCUCUCAGCUGCCCCGCUCAGCCAGUGACUAGGGAUCUUUGUUCACACUUCCAGCCACUGCCCCACCCACCUGGAAACACGUGGUGAGCACCCCAGUGCUGCCAGACUUGUGACCAGAGUAGCAUGCCUGCCCCACCUGCCUGGAUAUAGCAAAACAAAAUAUGAAAUCAGGACUAGACAUACAAUAAAUAAAUAAAUAUAACAACACCCUAAUGCCUCAGAGAAAACAGGCAAUAAAAAAAUUAUGUAAAGAGGUAGGACAAAAUGGCUCAAGCAAGUGACCAAAAUAAAGGGCCAGAAAACCUUCCUGAGGAAGAAAACCUCCAAGAGAUCAAGGAAAACAGAAACAAAAAUGUAGAAGAAUUCAGGAAAGCAGUAUAAGAAUAAAACGGCAAAAUAAAUACACAAUUAGAAGGCAUACAAAAAACAGCAACUAGAAACCCAGAAGAUUAACCAUAAAAUCUCAGAAACAGAUAACUCAAUGAAAGGACAUAGGAGUAGAAUUGAAUCAGUGGAAGCAGAAUUAGCAAAAUAGAGGACAAAUUCCUUGAUACGAAUUUGUUUGAGAAACAUUCAGAAAAAAAGAGUGAAGAAAAAUGAAGAAAGCCUAAGUUAUGUGAGAUGUUAUCAAGGGGAAUAAUUUACACAUUAUCAGAAUUACAGAACAGGAAGAGACCAAAAAAAAGCACAGGGAGAAUUUUUGAAGAUCUGCUGGCAGAAAACUUCCCUAAUAUCACGAAAGACAAGAAGAUAUCCAUCCAAGAAGCUCAAUAAACCCCGUAUAGGAUAGAUCCCAAAAGAAAGUCGCCAAGACAUAUAAUAAUCAAACUUGCCAAAACCAAAAACAAAGAAUCCUGAGAGCAGCUAGGGAAAAACAAACUGUCACCUACAAAGGGGUACCAAUAAGACUAAGCUCUGGUUUCUCGGCAGAAACCGUGUUGGCAGGAAGGCAAUGGGAUGACAUAUAUAAAACCCUGAAAGAAAAAAAUUGCCAACCAAGUAUUAUAUAUCCAGCAAAAUUAUCUCUCAAAUAUGAUGGUGAAACUAGGACAUUUCCAAAUAAUCAGAAAUUAAGGGAAUUUGUAAAAACCAGGCCAACCUUACAAGAAAUAGUAAAGAGAGUCCUUCAGACAGAGAACCAACAACAUCAAACAACAAUCUGAGGUUGAGAGACAUGACAACAUCACCCAGACACCAACUAAGACAAAGAAUUCUCAAAAAUAAAAUAAAGCUACAAGACUGAAAACAGGGAACCAGGGACAUCAAUCUAUAAACAACUUCAAAAUAAAAAGAGGGAAUCAAUGGUGUUGCUACAGAAUUUACUUAUGGAGGCGAUAUCAAGGUAUAACAAACUGUUUUAAACUUAGGAAGAUAAAGGUAAAUUUCAGAGUAACCAGAAAGAAAAUUCAUAAACCUACUCACCAAAAUAAAAAAAAGCAAACCAUAAAGACUCAGUAAACACAAAAUCAACAACAAUGAAGGAAAUGAAAAGAAAAUCCAUAAACAAAAAGAACUCAGUACAGAAAAUUCAGCGGAACAAAGAAACUGUCAACACAACAAAAAUAAUCACAAAAAAAUGACCGGUAAAUUCAUACCUAUUGAUAAUCCUGCUGAAUGUAAAUGGGUUAAAUGCACCAGUCAAGAGACAGAGAGUAAGAGAAUGGAUAAAGAAACAUGACCCAUCAAUAUAUCGCCUACAAGAGACACACCUUAGAGACAAAGAUAAAAAUAAGCUAAAAAUCAAAAGAUGGAAAAAAAUGUAUCAAGCAAACACUAACCAAAAAAGAGCAGGAAUGGCAAUAUUAAUCUCUGAUAAAAACAGACUUUAAAGCAAAACCCAACAUAAGAGACAAGGAAGGGCAGUAUGUAAUGGUUAAAGGGUCAAUCUACUGAGAGGAUGUAACCAUAAUAAAUAUUUAUGAACCCAAUGACAGAACUCCAAAACACAUAAAACAAACUCUAACAGUAUUGAAAAGAGAUAUAGACAGUUCCACAAUAAUAGGAGACUCUGACACACCACUCUCGAGGAAGGACAGAACAACUAGAAAGAAAUGCAACAAAAAUACAGAAGAUCUAAAUAUCACAAUCGAGCAACUUGACCUCAUAGACAUAUACACAAUACUGCACCCCACCCAACAGCAGCGCAGUACACAUUCUUCUCCAGCGGACAUGGAUCGUUCUCCAGAAUAGACCAUCUUCUAGGCCACAAAGUAAGCCUCAAUAAAUCAAAAAAUAUCAAAAUAAUACAAAGCAUCUUCUCAGAUCCCAGUGCUAACAGGAAGAACAAGGAAAAAAAAAAUCAAAUACAGGUGUCAUGGAUUGAAUUGUGUCCCCCAGAAAUAUAUGUCAACUUGGUUAGGCCAUGAUUCCCAGUAUUGUGUGGUUGUCCUCCAUUUUGUGAUUGUAAUUUGAUGUUGAAGAGGAUUAGGGUAGGAUUGUAACACUCUUAUUAGACUCACAUCCCUGAUCCAAUGUAAAGGGAGUUUCCCUGGAGUGUGGCCUGCACCACCCUUUAUCUUGCAAGAGAUGAAAGGGAAGCAAGGAGAGUUGGAGACCUCAUACCACCAAGAAAGAAGCACUGGGAGCAGAGUGUGUCCUCUGGACCCAGGGUUCCUGCAUGGAGAAGCUCCUAGUCCAGGGGAAGGUUGAUGAGGAGGACCUUUCUCCAGAGCCGACAGAGGGAAAAAGCCUUCCCCUGGAGCCGAUGCCCUGAAUUUGGACUUCUAGCCUACUAGAUUGUGAAUAAAUUUGUUUGUUCAAGCCUUCCACUUGAGGUAUUUCUGUUAUAGCAGCACCAGAUAACUAAGACAACAGGAAAACUGAGUAACACCUUCCUUAAAAACCACUGGGUAAUAGGAGAAAUGAAAUGAAAUUAAAAAAAAAAUUCUUUUAAUCAAAAGAGAAUGAAAACACAACAUACCAAAACCUUUGGGGCAUGGCAAAAGCAGUGCUCAGAAGUCAAUUUAUAGCAAUAAAUGCACACAUCAAAAAAGAAGGGCCAAAAUUUAUUGAUACCUUAACCCUGCAAUUCAAACAAAUAGGAAAAGAAAGCAAAGGAAACCCACAGCCAUCAGAAGAAAGAAAAAAAAAUGAUUAGGGCAAAAAUAAAUGAAUCAGAAAACAGAAAAACAAUAGAAAGAACCAAUGAAACUAGAAGUUGAUUCUUUGAAAAGAUUAAUAAAAAUCUGUAAACCACUGGCCAAAUUGACAAAAGAAAAGAAGAUGCAAAUAACGAAAUAAGAAAUGAAAUGGAUAACAUGACAAUAGAACAAACUGAAAUUUAAAAAACCUUAACAGAAUAUUAUAAAAAAUUAUACUCCAACAAAUUUGAAAACCUAGAAGAAAUGAACAAAUUUCUAGAAACACACUACCAACCCCAACUAACACAAACUAAGGUAGAUAAUCUGAACAGACCUGUAACAAAAGAAGAAAUUGAAGAGGUCAUAAAAAAGACUCUCAACAAAAAAAAAACCCUGGCCCAGACAGCUUCACUGGAGAAUUCUACCAAACAUUCAGAGAAGAGUUGACACCAGUACUAUUCAAACUAUUCCAGAGCAUAGAAAAGGAAGGAAUACUCCCGAAUUCAUUCUAUAAAGCCAGCAUAGCUCUGAUACCAAAACCAGGCAGACACCACUAAAAAAUAAUAUCCCUCCUGAGGAGCCCUGGUGGCACAAUGGUUAAGAGCUUGGCUGCUAACCAAAAGGUCAGCUGUUCAAAUCCACCAGCCACUCCCUGGAAACUAUAUAGGGCAGUUCUGCUCUGUCCUAUAGGGUUGCUAUUAGUUGGAAUUGAGUCAACGGCAACAGGUUUGGUUUUUUGUUUUGGGGUUUUUUUUUUUUCAUAAUCCUUCAUGAAUAUAGAUGCAAAAAUUCUCACCAAUAGAAUACAACAUCAUAUCAAAAAAGAAAUAACCUACUCAUCCAGUGAGCCCAGAUGUAGUCAUUCAUGAAACAAUAUUGCUGCCAGGAACUUUUGUCAUUUUAUAGCCCUACCAGCCUGAGCCCAGAUUAUCAGAAUACUCCUUUUUUAAAAAAAAAGAAAAAGUGGAGUGCACAUGCAAGUGUUUCCAUGCAGCAUGUUCAGUAACACCUCAGUAUCGUGAACUUUGCCACUGAGUGAAGCUCCUUGGGAACCCAGCCAGGAGCUCUGAGCAGUUCCAAGAGGCGGCUCCAAGUCUAUAUGUGGUAGCUCUGGACAAUCCUCAUAGGAGCACCCUUCAGGCUUUUAUUGAGAAACAAUUUGCACUUCAUUUAUACGUAAUGUUAGCAAACUUAAUGGUCUGUUUUCCAAGCUCAACAAAUUAGAACUCUGAAGAGAGGGACUGUGGAGAUAGACCCUUGUCAUAAAAAGAAGUGACACCAGACUGCUGGAAAACAAAAGUCAGAAAGGGAGGAAGCAGAGGCCUGUUUGGUGCAGGGGCCAGCAGCGCUAUACACCUUUCAGAGUUUGUAAACUGUAGGCACCACCCAUGGUGGUGAGGCAAUUUAGUGAAUCCUAACUGACCUUUUAAAAUAUGAAUUAGGAAAGAAGAGAAGAUAUCAGAAUACUUCCUAGGUAGUAAAAAUAAGAAAGAUCCUUUAGAACUUUUGUCCCAUGUACAUAGGUGCAUACUAGGUUGCGGUGUAAAAUGCAUUUCUUAUGGCGGGUCAGGGUCAAAAGUUUGAAAACUACACUUGUAGGCCCAGAAGUCAUCACAGUUUUACAGCAAAGUAUAGAAAUAGAUGAGCUUAACAGUGACCCUGAGUUAUCAAAAAAGAAUCAAAUAAUGUCCAAAAUAUACCAUUUAAGAAGACAAAGUACAGCAGAAUAAAGAGCUUUUAGAAGGAUUACGAUUACAAAGUCGCUAUGAUUUUUUUUUUUAAGAUUUAGUAUUCUAAAUUGAAAGCCUUUAUAACUUCUCCCUAACUUGGACCACAAACAUAACUUUUAAAAAUGCUAAAUUUGAUACAUAUUUAACAUAAAAAUAUUCAUUUUCCAGGUAUACCUAAUAAGGCAUAUAUAAAAUGCAUGUAUCUUUGUAGUUCAGAUUAAGAGGAAUCUCACUCAUUCAUCCAAGACAUUUAUUAAAAACACACAGCAAGACCUAGAUUUUUACAAGGAAUCUUAGAUAUGACACAAAAAGCACAAGCAACAAAAGACAAAAUAAAUUGCCCUUCCUCAAAAUUAAAAAUUUUGUGCAUCAAAGGACUUUAUCAAGAGAGUAAAGAAACAACAUACAGAAUGGAAGAAAAUAUUUGUUAGCCAUAUGUAAGAUAAGGGUUUAAUAUCAAGAAUAUAUAAAGAAUCCUUACAAUUCAACUAUACAAAGACAAUCAAAUUAAAAAAUGGGCAAAGAACUUGAAUAAACAUUUCUCCAAAGAAGAUAUACAAAUGGCCAACACACACAAGAAGAUACUCAACAUCAUUAAAUGGCCAAAGAUGUUGCCUUGAGAACUAAGGUGCGCCUGACCCAAGCCAUGGUGUUUCUGAUCACAUCGUAUGCAUGUGAAAGCUGGACAAUGAAUAAGGAAGACCGAAGAAUUGACACCUUAGAAUUGUGGUGUCGGCAAAGAAUAUUGAAUAUACCAUGGACUGCCAAAAGAAUGAACAAAUCUGCCUUGGAAGAAGUAUAACCAGAAUGCUCCUUAGAAGCAAGGAUGGCAAGACGACAUCUCACAUACUUUGGAUGUGUUAUCAGAAGGGAUCAGUCCCUGGAGAAGGACAUCACGCUUGGUAAAGUAGAGGAUCAGCAAAAAAGAGUAAGGCCCUCAGUGAGAUGGAUUGACACAGUGGCUACAACAAUGGGCUCAAGCGUAGCAACAAUUGUGAGAAUGGCGCAAGACUAGGCAGUAUCUCAUUCUGUUGUGCAUAGGGUCGCUGUGAGUCGAAACCAACUCAACCUAACAGCAACAGUUCAACUACAAAAAGACAAACAAUCCAAUUAAAAAAUGGGCAAAGGACUUGAAUAGACAUUUCUCCAAGGAAGAUACACAAAUGGGCAAUACGCACAUAAGAAGAUACUCAACAUUCAUUAGGGAACUUCAAAUCAAAACCACAGUAAGAUAUCACUUCACCCACGUUAGAAUAACUAUUAUCAGAAAAAUGGAAGACAACAAAUUUUGGUAAGGAUGUGGGGAAAUUAGAGCCCUCAUUCAUUGCUGGUGGGAAUGCAAAAUGGUGUAGUCACUGUGGAAAACAGUCUGAUGGUUCUCAAUAAUUAAGCAUAGAAUUACCCAUAUGGUCAGCAAUACCACUCCUAGGUAUAUACACAAAAGACUUGAAAGCAAGGACUCAAAGCAGAUACUCAUAACACCAGUUCUGAGUUUCAUUUGUCUUUGUAGGUCAAUGCCUAGCCAGAGCAUAGAAGCCAUGCUGUGUAGUUUUGUUUCUUUUUAAAAAAUUUAUUGUAAAAUAUAUGUAACACAACAUUUGCUAUUUGAACCAUUUUGUGUGUGUAUGUGUGUGUGUGUGUGUGUGAUUAUCGAUAGGUAUGAGUUUAUUGAUGUGAUCGUGAGUAUUUCCUCAUAUUCUGUUAGCCGCUUGAAUGUCUUCUUUGAUGAAGUGUCUGUUCAUUUCCUUUGCCCAUUGUUUAUUGGAUUAUUCAUCUUUUUCGUUGUAGAGGUACUGGAUUUUCCUGAAGAUUUUAGAGAUUAGACCUUAGUUGGAUUUGUAAUAGCCAAAAUUUUUUUCCCAGUCUGUAGGUUCUCUUUUUACUCUUUUGGUGAAGUCUUUUUGAAGAGCCUAAGUGUUUCAUUUUUAGAAGGUCCCAGUUAUCUAGCUUAUCUUCUGGAGCUUAUGUAUUGUUAGUUAUGGUUUACAUCCUGUUAAUGCUGUGUAUUAGGGCCUUUAGCAUUGAUCAUAUUUUUUCUUCUAUGAUCUUUAUAGUUUUUGGUUUUAUAUUUCGGUCUUUAGUUCAUUUGGAAUUAGUUUUUAUGCAUGGUGUGAGGUAUGGGUCCUGUUUCAUUUUUUUCCAGGUGGACAUCCAGUUUUGCCAGCACCAUUUGUUAAAAAGACUGCCUUUUCCCCAUUUGAUGGACUUUGGGCCCAUGUUGAAGAUCAGACAGCCGUAGGUGGAUCCAUAAGGUUUUCAAUGGCUGAUUUUUCAGAAGUAGAUCUCCAGGCCUUUCUUCUGAGGCACCUCUGAGUGGACUCACACCUCCAACCUCUCAGUUAUCAGUUGAGCACAUUAACCAUUUGACCAUCCCUUGCCUUUUCUAUGUCCUAACAGCUCAGGCCUCCAUCCUUUUUGUCUCUAUCCUUUCUUUGACUGGCUUCCCACAUACCCUGGCCAUGUUUUAAAGGCCUUGCUCGUCCCUAACCAGCUUCUUCCUCUGUAUAUGGACUCUAAUGAAGCUCCCUUCACUGGGGGUGAGGGAGAUCUUGGGCAGAAGGCCAUGGCUUUGUCUCUAUCACUGCUGUCAUCCUCCAAGUGUUUGAUGUGCUGCGAUCACCAGCAUUCCCAAAAGCACCUCAUCCAUUGGCAUCAGCCAGGCAGUAUUUGUCUGGUCUGGGGUAGAACUGCCUUUGUUAAGCACACUGGCACUAACUAUAACACAUUUCUUCUAACAUUCCACAUCCCUCUAUUAGUCCAUUUUUGCUAAUUUCAUAUGACAUUCCAUUUUCAGGUGAUCUGAUUUUCAGUAGCCUACUCUGUCUUCCCUAAAUAUGCCCAUACUUAUGAAAUCAUGCAUCCUGGUUUUAAAAAAUUUUCUCUAUGCUUGGAGGAGUCACAAGUCACGUGGGACUGUUCUACUCACUCUGUGCCUUGUAAGCAAAUGAUGUUUCUGGCUGAGACAGUUCUGAUUUACCGAGUCCCCAUAUUCUUUCAGGCAGCAUGGAUGCAAAUGUCACAUGGUUACCAAAACAACCUCAGUCAAAGCCCCUUCAGAGCAGAGUGGUUAGAAGUAGUGAGAAGCGCCAUGUGAGAGGAACCACGGAGCUGCACCACACAACAGGAACAGGUGGAUUUGAUUAGUUUCGUAAUACUCCAGGCUUCAGUGACAUUUGACAUAAGGUACACCUUGACACCCAACUUCCCUGUAUUUUAUCGUGUUGUGUUUUCAAGGAGAACAAAUGGCAGAGGUAAAUUCGUAAGGGGGGAUGAAGACAUUCUAGAACUUCCUAAUCAUCAGCCCCUGAGCAUCUCCCCUCCUUCUGCAUUCCACACUUCUCCAUUUAUCCGUACAAACCACAUGGCUGUCUGCAGUAGCUCAGUGCCAUGUGCCCUAGAGGAGAUGCCUGAAACCUGCAUUGAACCUGCUCAGAUGUAUCACACAAUAGUAAUAGCACCCCCCAAUCAAACUGUGAGUCUGUCCACUUGGCACAGACAAGAGAACGUGACAAUAGGAUCCUUCAUUUGAUCCAUUACUUUCAGUGGCCUCUGUUCCAACACAAGUAAGCAAAGGCAUAGCUUUGAAAGACACGUUGGCAAGAGAUCCACCAAGCCAUGUGCUAAGCCAAUCCCAUCUGCACAUGAGAUUGUGCGCCUUGGACACACAGGCUACGUAAUAUUUAGCUUGCCAAGCCUGCUGGCACACUCUGUUCCCGGCUUUUUCUUAGAGUAGGAUUGUGUGAGGAGCUGGGGGUGGCAUGUGGAUUAAGUGAUCAAAUCAAAGAAGCACAGGGUGCAAACUGGCUGGAGAUGGUGGUUUUCCAUUGAAAUAGUUGGUCUGGAGUCCUGAUAUCCAAAGCUUGGCCUACAGUAUGGGGGCGAACCUUCAGCACUCUAUGAAUUGCUAUAGAAAAGCCAUUUUUAGUGCUAUCAUUAUGUAUUCCGGAAACGUGAUAGAAGCAAGCAAGGAGAACUAAGAGUUGGUAAACUUGGUGCUGCUUAUGAUUUGCUGUGUGACCUUGGACAAAUCAGAUAGCCUCCCUGAAUCUUAGUUUACUCAACUGUAAAAAUGGAAAUAAUAUAACCUGUCACUUUUAAAGCGCUUUGCAAGUGAUUAAGCACCAGACUGGUGCAAGUCAUCCGUACUGAGGCUGAAAACCAGGGGUUGACUUCAGAAAACCUUACCAGGUAUGUGACCUUGGGAGAGUCACAAGGUCUCUUUGCACAGCAGUUUUCUUUCUUUGUAAAAUGGAGAUGAUGUUACUGGCCCUUCCCAUCAGGCAGGAUGUUUCUGAGGAUCAAGUAACAUAAUGUGUGUGAACAAGACAUAUAAAACCAUGAGGUUCUCAGUGAGAGGCUAGGGCUCAGGAAAGGUCUGGUGUCACUUUCAUGAGUCAGUUGCCAACCCUGAGGGCAGGGCUGGUUUAAUGCUCACUUUACCCAACUUGAACUUUCUCUCCUACUUCUUGAUCCCUUCCCCGUGGCCCUCUCCCCCAGCCCCAGCCCUCUUCCCUCUCAGCUCCUCCUUUGUCUUAGAUGCUCUAAGUUGCCUUUGCUCUUGGCCCUUUAUCUAUCAGGCAUCCACUGUCUUUCACUCCAUGUUGGCUCCAUUUCAGAUCCCAGUGAAAUGAUUUCUAUGUAUAGUUUGUAAUAAAAUGUGGGUUCCUUUGAGAGAAAUGGGGCAACCACUGUGUGGGUUCAUAUUUACCACCAUUGCAGUAGUCACCCCCAGAAUCAGGAACAACAUUGAUUCUCCAGAAUAAACCUGAAUCUAGCCCACAGUUACAGUGGUUUUUAUAAACACUCUGUUUCUCCUUACUCAUUGUUGCUAGCUGCCAUCUGACUCAUGGUUACCCCAUGCACAAAGGAAUGAAACGCUGCCUGGUCCUGCACCAUCCCCACGAUUGGUUGCAGGAUGUGACUAUUGUGAUCCAUAGGGUUUUCACUGGUUGAUUUUCAGAAGUAGGUUGUCAGGCCUUUCUUCCACUUACUCAUUGUUAUGUGCCAUCAAGUCUAUUUUUGACACAUACCUUACCCCGUGUGACAAAGUAGAACUACCCCCAUAGAGUUUGCUAUAAUCUUUAUGGGAGCAGAUCAUCAGGUCUUUUCUCCAGCACAGCAGCUCGUAGGUUCAAACCUCCAACCUUUAGGUUAGCAGCCAAGUGCUUAACCACUGCACCAACAGGACUCCUUCUUACUGACUACUUUCCCCCAUUCGCUGGAGUGGGGAAGGAACAACUUUUUAUUCUUUAAAUAAAUAUAUGUAUUUUUUCAUGUUUGUAUUUAUGUAUAUUUAAUAUAUAUAUAUUUAAAGUAUAUGUGUAUAGAAAACCCAUUUUUAAUACUAUCAUUAUGUAUGCCUAAUUUGCCUCCUGAAGUGUAUAUGUAUAUAUAUAUAUAUAUCUAGAUAUAUAUUAGGCAUAAGUCAACUCAGCUAUUUAAGAUUUCUCACUCUUAUAUCCACACCCUGGUUCUCUUUGAAUUCCGUUUUAUCAGGUUAAUUAUCUUGAUCCUAAAAGAAGAUAUUGCUUGAUGCAUAACGGUUAGUGCAUUAUCUAUUUGACUUUCUGGCCUGGAGGUAGACUCUCUGGGGAAGAAAUGGACUUUGUUAAAUAUGCGAUUUAAGUGUCACUUUUUAUUUUGCCAGAUAGAAACACUGCAUUCAGUGUCACCACUAAGACAGCUGGCUUAGAGACUCCAGUCCUGAUUGGGAAGAAAGGUCAUCCCCAGCAGCCCUAAACUUAAAAGGAGAGAAGGGAGACCUUUCUCAGGACCUGGUCUUCUGUGGUCAGAAACAGCCCGGGAAUACCCCCAUCCCUCCUGGGUGAUUCCCUUAUGGCUCAGUUGCCUCACUGCACUGAGCAGGGAACUUGGAGGCCCUUUUCUUGUUUCUUGAAAAAUCCUCUCAGCACGUCCCUUUUUUCUCCUGUGGGAUUUUCCAACUCCCAGUUUCCAGUGUUUCAGCCACCAUCCCCACAUAUGCACCAAGGCCUAUGCAUUUGCAAAAUCUCUUCCAUCGAUCGCUAAGUAAAAGAUGCUUCAAGGAAGCACCCAGUUCCUUCUGCUAAUAACCGCAGCUUGUCAUGUGAUCCCCCCUCCUCGACUGGUUCUCUCCGAAAACCCCCACCCACCCCACCAAGAAAGUAGGUUGACGGCUGUCCUUUAUCUGCCAAACAUCGACAUUUCCUUCCAGAGAGAAGACACGGGUCAAUGUGUAGACCUUCUCCUUCUCCAGCAUCUCCGCCCUCCAAUUCCAGGACAUCACUAGUACAGGUGAAAACAAAAACCAGUUUCAGCGGCCAUAGCUCUGCCAGCAGCACCUCAAAGCCAUUCAAAACGCCCAAAGACAAUCUACUUACCUCCAGCAGCAAACAGCACACAGUCUUUUCUGCAAAAGGAUCAAAGGAUAAACAAUGCAUUCCGGUUCCUGUAGUCAGUUUAGAGAAAAUUCCUAACCUAGUGAAGGCAGAUGGUGCCAAUGUCAAAAUGAACUCGGCAGCCACUACUACAGUCACCUCCUCCUGCACCUCGUCCUCUGCUGUCUCCUCCCCACCUUUAUUUAAGCCAGUUUUGAUGUCCAAGCAAGUGCAACCAUCACCAGAGAAGAUCUUAAAUGGCAAAGGAAUUCUGUCGGCCACAAUAGACAAGAAACAACAAAAUGGCACCAAAAGCAGCAACAAGCCUUACAGGAGACUUUCAGAGAGAGAAUUUGACCCAAAUAAACACUGUGGAGUAUUGGAUCCCGAGACAAAGAAACCUUGCACAAGAUCCCUCACCUGCAAGACACACUCGCUAAGCCAUCGGAGGGCAGUCCCAGGCCGGAAAAAGCAAUUUGACCUCCUUCUGGCAGAACACAAAGCCAAGUCCCGGGAAAAAGAAGUUAAAGAUAAAGAGCAUCUCCUGACUUCUGCAAGGGAAAUACUUCCAUGCCAGUCAGGGCCAGCACAGGAGUCCCUUCCUGGAUCUUCAGGGAACUCUGGGCCAGAAUCUAAAGUCGCAUCCCCUGCAAAAUCCAGGCCUCCCAACUCCGUACUUCCUAGACCAUCAUCUGCAAAUAGCAUAAGUAGCAGCGCAUCGUCAAAUCACAGUGGCUACACUCCAGAACCCCCUCUGGCCCCCGGUGGGGGUGACCUCGCCAGUCGACUGUCCAGUGAUGAGGGGGAGAUGGACGGAGCUGAGGAAUCCGAGAAGUUGGACUGUCAGUUCUCCACACACCAUCCCAGACCUCUUGCGUUUUGCUCGUUCGGGAGUCGCCUCAUGGGACGAGGGUACUAUGUGUUUGAUAGAAGAUGGGAUCGUUUUCGAUUCGCACUAAACUCCAUGGUAGAGAAACACUUGAAUUCACAGAUGUGGAAGCACAGAAGCCCAAGCCACAGGGCAUCAGGUCCCUCCCCCCUUUUCAGGACUUGCCUAACCAAUCUGCUGUCACUGAGCAACAUUGGGGCUGCCUGGGUGUCAACUCUGGAGAGCGUAGCACCCCGCUGCCCUCUCAACCUCGCUGCCCAAACCCCAGGCCCUGAAGGGCCCGAACCUGGAGGGAUGGCAGCCGAUGGGGGCAUGGAAGACAUUAGGAAGAAAAGGAACGGCCAAGACUCUUUUUUCUUUAACAAGCAUUUAACUCUUCAUCAGGAGACGCCAACACAGUAUUCUCUUUCAGCCAGGAAGAUCCCUCCUGCGGCAGAUAGCCCCAUGCCCUCGCCAGCAGCCCACAUCACCACCACCGUUCCGGCAUCCGUCCUACAGCCUUUCAGCAACCCCAGUGCUGUGUAUCUUCCUUCAGCUCCCAUCAGCUCGAGACUCACCUCUUCUUACAUCAUGACAUCCACCAUGCUCUCAAACGCAGCUUUUGUGACAUCGCCAGACCCGAGCGCCCUCAUGUCACACACCACAGCUUUCCCUCAUGUGGCUGCAACCCUCAGCAUCAUGGACUCAACCUUCAAGGCCCCCUCCGCCGUGUCCCCGAUACCAGCUGUCAUCCCUUCCCCAUCCCACAAGCCAUCCAAAACCAAAACCAGCAAAUCCUCAAAAGUCAAAGACCUACCCGCCCGUAGCGACGAGUCUCCAAGUAACAAAAAGAGGAAGCCACAGUCUUCAACUUCCUCCUCUUCUUCCUCCUCAUUGUCCUUGCAGACAUCCCUCUCGUCUCCAUUAUCAGGGCCCCACAAAAAGAACUGUGUCUUGAACGCCAGUUCAGCUUUGAACUCCUAUCAGGCAGCCCCUUCCUAUAACAGUCUGUCUGUGCACAACUCAAACAAUGGGGUGAGCCCACUCAGUGCCAAACUGGAGCCCUCAGGACGGACCUCACUGCCCGGCGGCCCCACGGACUCAGUGAGACAUGUGGGCGUGGUGGGCGGCGGCAGUGACUCCUGUCCCCUCUCUGUGCCCUCCCUCGCGCUCCACGCAGGGGACCUCUCUCUGGCCUCACACAAUGCCGUGUCUUCUCUGCCCCUCUCUUUUGACAAAUCAGAAGGAAAAAAGCGUAAGAACUCGAGUUCUAGUAGCAAAGCCUGUAAAAUCACUAAAAUGUCUGGUAUGAAUAGCGUUCACAAAAAGAACCCACCCAGCCUUCUCGCACCGGUGCCCGAUCCCGUUAACAGCACCUCCUCUCGGCAGGUUGGGAAAAAUAGCAGCCUAGCUUUGUCACAAUCCAGUCCUUCAAGCAUAUCCAGCCCAGGACACAACCGACAGAAGACCACAAACAGAACAAGCAGGAUAAGGACUCUUCCAUAACAAGAAUACGAAGGCACUUCCAAACCAAUUCCUGGCCACCUGAUCCGACCCAGGAGGCCUUGGCGAGAGGAGGAGGGAGGGAGUGGGCAGUUGGGAGAGUCAAUUUCCUGUGCCCUGCCUGUGGCUCUGGCCUUUCUUCUUUUUUAAAAAAUUGAUCAAUUUUUUAGUUUUGAAGGAAAAGAAAAAGGCAAAAGAACGUGAAUUUGAGAUUUACAGAAAAUAAUACCAGUGUUUUGUUUCCGUUGUCUUUCAUUUGCCACCAGUUUAUACAUUCUUCCAGAUUUGGGGUCACUCCUCCAGCUUCUGAUGCUGCUAUUGUACCAUCAUUUUGCCCCAGCCAUCGAGAGCGACAUGGCAGAAUGUCAGUUCCAGGUUGGCAUUGCCUGAAGCUCUUGAAUUUUCGCGUGUGAAAUGUUCCUUUUCUUCCUUGUCCUCUCUCCCUCAUCCCUCCCACCCACUGCUCACUGGGUCCCCACUGGCCAUAGAAAGAGCUGGCUCUCACUAGUCCACCUCACAACAGCAUGCUGGGGGCCCUGUGCUGGGGGAUAGCUGAGAGCAGGGAGUUGGAGGUUGGGCGGGUGCCCUCAUCAGGUUUCUGUGGCCCACUAGGGCUGGAGCCAAAUACUGUGGGCAAAAUUGAGAAGAGCAGCCUUUUAGUGAUGUGGUUUACUCAAUACUACUGUCUAGCUGUGCAGCUCAGAAAAGAUAGAUUGGGUCCCCAUGCAGCUCAGAAAGGAUAGAUUGGGUCAGGGAUAGGGGCUGGAAUGGGCCUGGAAGGGUGACAGGAAGCAGAGUAUAGGGGUGAGGGGUGAUCAUAAUGGUCCCAGCUUGUUAGGAAUCCACUCAGUGGAAACCCUCCCAGGGCCUAGCGUGCAAGAACCCAAAGCUGAGUGAGCCAGAAAGAAAGGACUCCCAGGGAAAGGCAGCAAGAGGCCAGGAAGCGCUCCUUGAGGUUGUUCGGUGCCCCCAGCUGCUGAAGGUGCUCUAGCUGCCCUCCAAUGCCAGGCAAGGGGAAAAAAAGCAGGGGGAGGAAGGAGGGCCUCCAUGGGGCAAGCUACCCUGGAGGGUUAGGUGAUGUGUCAAACCCCUUGUGAGAAUAAAUAUUAGUACUUCCAACCAGCCUCCGUGCCUGGGCCCCAGGGACUCCACAGGAUCAGCAUGCGCAUAGAUCAGCUUGCUGCGCUAGGUCAUCAGAUGCCCCCAAAUCUGAUACAGCCCCCACAGGAAGAAAUGGUAAAGAAGAGCCGUAUGGAAAAGAGAGAAGUUGGAACCCUGUGGCUGUAUAUCUAACUGUUCACACUGGAGUUUGGAAAGAAACAGCAAUACCAUAAGCUCUAAUAAGGAGUCGUAAUCAGGAAAGGGAUUCACAAUAUAAAACAGGGGUUCCAUUCUGUUAAGGAGCCCUGGUGGUGCAGUGGUUAAGUGCUCAGCUACUAACUGAAAGGUCAGCGGUUCAAACCCACCAGCCACUGAUGGGGAAAAAGAUGUGGCAGUCCGCUUCCAUAAAGAUUUCAGCUUUGGAAACCCUACAGGGCAGUUCUACUCUCUCCUGUAGGAUCAUUAUGAGUCAGAAUCAACUUGAAGGCAAUGGGUUUUUAUGCUGUUAAUCAUGUAACUUUGCUUAAGCUCUCCAGCUAAUGUUAUUUCAACUAGAGCUACUAAGGUCUUGCUUCAUCUUGAAAUCAGAAAUGAAUGCUACUUUUGCAGCUGGGCACAACCCCCACCCCCACCCUGGAGUUUUCUUUUUCUUUCCCAGCCCAAAGAUCAGACUACUGUUUAAGUUUCAUCAUGUGAUUGGAAUUUGCAAAGAUGGGAGACAAACGGAGUGAUUUGCAUCAAUAGAAUUGCACUGACAGUGUUUCUUAUAGGACUACUAAAUUUUUUAAUAUAAAAUGAAUUUUUUUUUUUUUUAAUCAGGAGAUGAUAUUAGGUACCAGGACAUUAGUUCAGAUGACUUCAUUUUUAUUUCUACAGUGUUAAAAGUGCACUUAUAUGCUGGUUUAUUUACGUCUUGGGGAAAAGAGACUGCAAAUUGAAGGGAAGAUUGUAACUUUCUUUUUAAAAAAUAAAAAGGUUAAGGCAGAUUUUAAGACUUAUAAAUGUUUAAGAAAUUAUAAACAAGGUUAGACCCUUUGGAAAAAAAGUUUAGAAGAUAUUCUUAAAAUAAAUUUUUAUAGUGUUAAUUUUGUAAUAAUUUAUGUUUUACUAUAUUACAGAGCUAACUGACCAGAAUAGUUUCAGAAACAAUAUGAAACUUAGGAAAGUUUAAGCAAUGUUUAUAUUUUUAAAAUGUUCUUUGAAUUAUGUUUUUAUUGUACAUUUCUUCAGACUGAAAACUAUGUACAUAUCUUUGUUAUUUUUGCACAAUUUUGGUCUUGUUCGGUUUUAGAAGUAUGUUGUUUUUUAUAAUUUAUUUUGAGUUGUAAAACUUGCAGGAGUAAAACAAAAACAAAAAAAAAUCUCGGCAACAAAAUAACCCUCUGAUUUAUAAACUCUUAUACUCUUAGAGGGAAAACAAAGGUUGUGAGAUUGAGUGGCUGCUUCUGAGGAAUAAUGUCUCGAUAGGGACUAAAGGAGCAAUUCAAUAGGUUUAAACAUUUUCGCUCUCUACAUCCAUCUUGAAUUGGAAGCUGGAAUAAAGAGGCUCCCCACUGAAUGCUGCUUACAUUGUGAAAGACUGGCUUGGACCAAGGUGAUGACAUUUCUGGAAAACUGAGCAAAAAGGGAAAACCCACGGUAUUUCUUCCUCCGUAAUCAACCACAGGUUUACUUUAUAAUGAUGUAUUGAAAACUUGCAGCUUGAAAAAUGGAAUGCAAAUAAAAGGCUUUCUUUCGGUUUGUUUCCAUGGAGUUAAACUGGACCAGCCUAUACAGCAUUAUUAGGGUGAUAUCCUUUGGGUACUUCUGUUCUGCACACCCCACUCAGCCUUCCCUCCCAGCCCCUCGACUGCACACACCCCUGUUUGCCUGAAGAUCUCGUGACUUGUCUGCAGCCAUAGAGGCUCCGAAGCUCUGGUUGUUACACAUCCUGCAAUGCAUAGACCUGCCAGCCAUAAAAAAAAAAUCGACUUGGAUAACUUGUAUGCCUUCUUUUGUAUCAAUGUACCAGUUGUAAAUAAUGCCGAUCAACCUUUGUAGAGAAUAGUUUAUACAGCAUAUUCUAUUAUUGCUGAUUCUCAGUGAAAUCUUGUUUUAAAAAAAGGAAAAAAAGAAAUUUUCUAUUUACACCUUAUAUUUUGUUAUGCUGUCGGCCCACGGCACUUUAACAAAACUCUGUGGGUUUUCCGUAGCUGGUCAGUCAUGGGGUAUAUUAAAUAACUGUUGUUGCACAGACAAGAAUUUGCACCUGCUCAAUUGUCCUUUCCUAUUACCAAUUUUAGAACCUUUUCCAGAAGAAUUUUGAAGAAAGCAUGUCCAAUCAUUAUAAACAAAUGCCACACUUGUGGAGUGGGUUAAUUUUCUACAAUCCAUAUUUUGUAACACUAAGUAUUUUCCUUCUUUGUCCCGCACCUUUAUGUAUUAGCACUAUCAGAUAGAAUUCAUUCCAUGCCUGUGAUGUUGUAAGCAGAAUAAAUGUCUAAAAUAGGUGUAAAUAGUAAAUUCUAUGGCUUACGGUUUUAAAAAGGAAAGAACAAACAUGUAUCUGUUGAUACUGCCAUGGUUCAGCACCAGGCCUGGAGAUAUUCUCCAGUGAGCAUUUGUUUUUUUGUUUGUUUUUUGUUUUUGCUUUUUUUUUUUGUAACAUGGCUUUGUAAAUAAAAUAAUUUAUAUGUUUGUAAAACAAAGUCUUCUGGUUUUUAUACCAUUCAGACUUUUGGUAUUGUGGGAUUUUUUCUUUUUGUCUUUUGAGUUAAGGUAUUCUUACUAGAAGAGUUUUCGUGCUAGAGCAUACUUGAGAGGAGAUAGCAGAGAGCAGAAGAGGUAAAUUAAUUCAGCAGAUAUUUAUGGAGCAUCCUCUUUGUUCCUGCCCCUGAGCUAGGCACCCUGUGCUCAGUGCUGAGAAACAGACACAGCCCCAGCUGCUCUCUGGAAGCAUCCCAGUGGGGGAAACAGGAAAUAAACACAAUGAAAUGUGUAAUUACAGAUUGCAGCAAACGUUAUGGUGAAAAGAAUUGAGUUCCGUGAGAGAGAAAAUAAUAGGAGAAACAGGAAGGGACCUAAAAGAUAGUUAGCCAGGUAGAAAGUGGGAGGGAGAGAGACCUAGGCAGAGAUCACCCAAGGUAAGAAAAGCUUGGUUAAGUUCCUGGAGCCUAGAGGUGGUCCAUCGUGGACAGAGCAGGGCUAGAGAGAUGGACAAAAGGCCUUACAGAUUUUGGAUUUUGUGCUAAAUUCUUUGGGAAUCCUUUGAAUGGCUUCAAGUACGGGCACGGCAUGAUCUGAUCUUUUUCUUAAAAGACUAGCUGUUGUCUGGAGAACUGACUGGAAGCUCUUGCAAGAGACCAACUGAGAGAAUGAUAGUGUGGUGAUUAUGACAUCACCCAGGAUGAUGACAGUAGAUGUAAAGAGAAGUGAAUGGAGUCAAAAUAUAUUUUAGAUAUUCAAUUGCCAAGAUUUUCUUAUGAAUUAAAUGGAGGAGUAAGACGAAAGAAUGACUCCCAGGUUUCUGUUUGAGCAACUGCAUUGGGUGGAGAUGCUAUUUCUUCAGAUGGAGGAAACCAGAAGAGGAACAGGUUUUUAGGGGGCGGGCAGGAGGAAAAUGUACUGAAUAUGAGAAGUUCUAUUUUGCUCAUGUGUGUCUGUGUAAGAGAUUACUGUGAAACGCCAAGCUACUAUGUCAAAGAGACAUGGCAUACACAUGACUGAAGCUACUGGGAGGUCUGGGUUGGAGGCGUCAAUUUAGGA